GAGGCAGUGCAACGAGAUCUCUGUCCUGUCUGCAAGUUUUCCAGCUAAUGGCCUCUACUCUUUCUUUCACUGAGUUCUUUUGGCCUCAUAUUUGCCAGCUCCUUUUCUCACUGGUGUGGCUAAGGAGGGGGCCAGCCACCAGUUUGUGAGCCACAAAGAGGAGAAACGAUCCCUUUUGGGAUUUUUCGGGUGCAAAAACGUUCAGCGGCACUUUAACAUGUCGCUCUGAAGCGCGCUGCUGUGGGACCAGCUGGCGCUCAAGAGGAGGAGGAGGAACAGCUACCCAGCAGCUCUGGUUUCAGACCUCUGCAGCACCCUUUGUGUAUGACAAUUCAUUUUGAGCGCAGGAUGGCCGGGGAGGGUGGGGAGUGGGGAAGGAUGAGUGCAAGCAGCCUCUCCUGGGACCAGGCUGUUCUCCAGCCUCCAGUGUGUGAUGCCUGGAAGGAGAUUAUGGAAGGAGCAGCCUACCAGCUGGCCAGCUGCAUUGUCCUCCUGGGUUACAUGGGGGGAAGUGGCAUCUUUGGGUCCCUCUAUAUCUUUGGCCUCCUGGCCCCAGGCUACUUCUGCUAUGCUCUGUGGGGCUGGCUGAGUGCCUGCGGGCUGGACAUCUUCGUCUGGAACAUGCUGCUCGUCCUCACCUGCUUGCUUCAGCUGGCUCACCUGGCUUACCGGCUCCGCAGAGACACCAUCCCGGAAGAGUUUGACCUCCUCUAUAAGACCAUGUACCUGCCCUUGCAGGUGCCCCUGGAAGUCUACAAAGAAAUCGUGAAGUGCUGUGAAGAGCAAGUCCAGUCGCUAGUCAGAGACCAGAAUUACGCGGUGGAGGGCAAGACGCCCAUUGACCGCCUCUCAUUGCUGCUGUCUGGCAGGGUCCGAGUGAGCCAGGACGGACAAUUCCUUCACUACGUCUUUCCGUACCAGUUCCUGGACUCUCCAGAAUGGGAGUCGCUGCGACCCUCUGAGGAAGGAACUUUCCAGGUCACGCUGACGGCCGAGACCGACUGCAGCUUCAUCACCUGGCCGAGGAAGAAGCUGUAUCUCCUCCUGAGGAAGGACCGCUAUGUUGCCCGGCUCUUCUCCUCCCACCUGGGCUACGACAUCUCAGAGAAGCUCUACUCCCUCAACGAGAAGCUCUUCGCCAAAGUUCGGCCUUCGACAUCCGACAUCUCAGAGAAGCUCUCAACGAGAAGUUUCCCCAGCCUCUACCAUGUCCUCGGGCCAGCCUCCUCCGAGGGGGAGUCAGAGGACUGCGAGGAGCCACCACCUGCCUCUGGCCAGGCUGGUGCCUCCGAGCCCCCUCCGCAGCCACCACCGCCGCCGCCACCGGCUCCACGGCCCCGGGCAUCUCGGCCUGACAGUGACCUGCUGGGUGAGGACUCCACCAGUCUUGUCUUGGAAGAUUUUGCUGAGUUGCCGGGGUCUUUUAUGGACUAUGUGAGCGAAGGGGAGUAUCUUCUCCGGAGUUCCCCCCACCCUCCCUGCAAAGGACGAGCCCCUCUGGCUCCCACUCAGACCCCCGAACUCUAGGGAACAACAGUCUGUCUUGAUCCUGAAGCCCCUCCGAGGGAGCAUAAGCUCACAUAGGUUUCUGACCAGAGAGACACUCUUUAGCAAGCACUGAGACGUCUGCCUGCAGACAUGAACACUCGGGAGCACAUGAAGCACACGCGUGAGACUGCAGUGUGACACUCCAGCACCUCCCACCCCACGGUUGUUCACCAGAGCUGCCUGCCCCAGUGUGCUUCCCCGGUUUGUUUUCUAGUCCUGCCUCUCUGAGGUGUGUCGGCAGCUCUGAUACCAAGGUACACUGAUAUCGCUGCAAGCGAUACCAGCCUGCUCGCAGAAUCUGUGUUCCCUUUGAUUUUAUGAUUCCCAUUAAAGUCAGAGAU